AUGGUUGGCCCAUUGGAUGCUAUGCGGGAACGGAUGGAGUCUGAGUGGACGUUAUCAUGGUUGGCCCAUUGGAUGCUAUGCGGGAACGGAUGGAGUCUGCGUGGACGUUACCAUGGUUGGCCCCUGGGCUGCUUGCAACGCGUGCGAGAACGCCUUGAUGGUGGGAAGAAAAGCGGGAACCAACAUCUGCAGACAUGUGCAACCACUGCAAGACAUGUGCAAGAAGGAGCGUGGAAGCUCAAGAUGAAGAAGGGCAAGGACAAGGUGCGUAUCCUCAAGAAGAAGAAGGCCGGGAGCGGGAACGAAGCCGUGCAGGCUCGCCUGCAUGGUGUCCCAGGUGCGUGGUCUCAGUCGAAGAAGGCGGAGGCAGGGACGAGGCCGGCGCAAUAUGGGGUUCCAGGCGCGUGGUCUCAGCCCGAAGAAGGCGGAGGCGGGGACGAGGCGGGGACGAGGCCGGAGCGCUUAUCCUCGACCGACGUGGAAUCCCAGGUACGCGAUCUCGGCCCGAAGAAGGUGAAGGUGGGGUGCUUGAAGCCAGAAGAAGGCGAGCUUCAAGAGGAGGCGACAACAAGCUCGAAGGACUUACUCUCAGAAUACGUUCUCGGCGCGUGGUCUCAACCUGAAGAAGACAGAGGCGGCGACAAGGUGCGCGGUCUCAACUUGAAGAGGAUGGAGGCGGGAACCAGGCCGGAGCACUUCUCCUCAACCAACAUCGGGUCCGAGGUGCGUGGUCUCAACUCGAACAGGUGCAUGGUUUCAUCUUGGAGAAAAGAGAAAGGACGAGGCCUCAACCAAUAUGAGGCGUGGAAGCUCAAGAUGAAGAAGGGCAAGGACAAGGUGCGUAUCCUCAAGAAGAAGAAGGCCGGGAGCGGGAACGAAGCCGUGCAGGCUCGCCUGCAUGGUGUCCCAGGUGCGUGGUCUCAGUCGAAGAAGGCGGAGGCAGGGACGAGGCGGGAGCGCUUAUCCUCAACCAAUAUGGGGUCCCAGGUGCGUGCUCUCGCGGACCAGGCGGGGACGAGGCCGGAGCGCUUAUCCUCGACCAACGUGGAGUCCCAGGUACGCGAUCUCGGCCCGAAGAAGGGGAAGGUGGGGUGCUUGAAGCCAGAAGAAGGCGAGCUUAAAGAGGAGGCGACAACAAGCUCGAAGGACUUACUCUCAGAAUACGUUCUCGGCGCGUGGUCUCAACCUGAAGAAGACAGAGGCGGCGACAAGGUGCGCGGUCUCAACUUGAAGAGGAUGGAGGCGGGAACCAGGCCGGAGCACUUCUCCUCAACCAAUAUCGGGUCCGAGGUGCGUGGUCUCAACUCGAACAGGAGAAAAGAGAAAGGACGAGGCCUCAACCAAUAUGAGGAAGCUCAAGCUGAAGAAGACAGAGGUAAGAACGAGGUGUGGAAGUUCAAGCUGAAGAAGACAGAGGCGUGGAAGCUCAAGCUGAAGAAGGGCAAGGACAAGGUGCGUAUCCUCAAGAAGAAAAAGGCCGGCAGCGGGAACGAAGCUGUGCAGGCUCGCCUGCAUGGUGUCCCAGGUGCGUGGUCUCAGUCGAAGAAGGCGGAGGCAGGGACGAGGCCGGCGCAAUAUGGGGUUCCAGGCGCGUGGUGUCAGCCCGAAGAAGGCGGAGGCGGGGACGAGGUACGCGAUCUCGGCCCGAAGAAGGUGAAGGUGGGGUGCUUGAAGCCAGAAGAAGGCGAGCUUCAAGAGGAGGCGACAACAGGCUCGAAGGACUUACUCUCAGAAUACGUUCUCGGCGCGUGGUCUCAACCUGAAGAAGACGGAGGCGGCGACAAGGUGCGCGGUCUCAACUUGAAGAGGAUGGAGGCGGGAACCAGGCCGGAGCACUUCUCCUCAACCAAUAUCGGGUCCGAGGUGCGUGGUCUCAACUCGAACAGGAAGCUCAAGCUGAAGAAGACAGAGGUAAGAACGAGGCCGGGUGUGGAAGUUCAAGCCGAAGAAGACACAGGUAGGGACAAGGCCGGGGGGGGGCUCAUCCUCAACCAGUGGAAGCUCAAGCUGAAGAAGGGCAAGGACAAGGUGCGUAUCCUCAAGAAGAAAAAGGCCGGGAGCGGGAACGACGCCGUGCAGGCUCGCCUGCAUGGUGUCCCAGGUGCGUGGUCUCAGUCGAAGAAGGCGGAGGCAGGGACGAGGCCGGAGCACUUAUCCUCACCCAAUAUGGGGUCCCAGGUGCGUGGUCUCAGCCCGAAGAAGGCGACGAGGUGCGAAAGCGGAGGCGGGGACGAGGCCGGAGCGCUUAUCCUCGACCAACGUGGAGUACCAGGUACGCGAUCUCGGCCCGAAGAAGGUGAAGGUGGGGACGAGGGCGGAGCACUUAUCCUCAACCGAUAUGGGCUCCUAGGUGCGUGCCCUACCGCAGCGUGCAGCAGUGCCAGGUGCUUGAAGCCAGAAGAAGGCGAGCUUCAAGAGGAGGCGACAACAAGCUCGAAGGACUUACUCUCAGAAUACGUUCUCGGCGCGUGGUCUCAACCUGAAGAAGACAGAGGCGGCGACAAGGCCGGAUCGCCUAUCCUCAACUGUCAUGGGUUCCCAUGUUCGUGGUCUGGAGAGAACAGAAGCCGAGACCAGGCCGGAGUGCCUAUCCUCAAUCAAUAUGGGGUCCCAGGUGCGCGGUCUCAACUUGAAGAGGAUGGAGGCGGGAACCAGGCCGGAGCACUUCUCCUCAACCAAUAG